AUGGUGGUGACGCGGCGAUGCUGGGAGGCGGCACGGCAGUGGUUCGGCGGUGGAGCAGGGCGGUUUGGUGGUCUGGUUAGGGUUAUAGAGGGGAAGGAGAAAAGAAAGGGGCGAAAGGUUGGGGGUGGCGCUGGUGGUCGGCGGGGGUGCAGCGACGGUGGUGGCGGCUCGGUGAGGGGGCGCAACAGUGGAGCGAGAAGGCAAGUCUUGGUCGGCAAUGGUGGUGGCGGCGGUCUUGGUCGGCGAUGGUGGUGGUGGCUCGGUGAAGAUGGGGCGGUGGUGAUGUGGUGGUUGAGAGGAGGAGAAGAGAGAGUGCAGAGGGGGCUGGAGGGAAAGUGA